AUGACCACUAUGAAAGUUGCCCAAUUGGUGGAGGCAGGAAAGCCUCUAACAACAACUACAAUCGAAAAGCCGAUUCCAGGACCAAAAGAUGUUCUUGUCAAAGUCGAGGCUGCCUGUCUUGUUCCAAAUAGCGCCAACAUCAUUAAAAAUGCACCGAGUCUACACCACACUUUGCCCGAGAUGCCGUGCGUUUUCGGCCUCGAUGCUGCCGGUGUCAUUGAGGCUGUAGGAAAAAAUGUUGUCGGAUUGAAGGUCGGGGAUCGAGUUUACGUUGAUCCACACAUAUCUUGUGGCAACUGUAAACAAUGUCGUAAGGGAAGGAGGGACCUAUGCAACUGGGGAUGCUUGCGUGCCUACUUCGGUAGAGCAUCACCAGAAGGGCGGGAAAUUCUUAAGCAAUAUCCUAUUGGUUCGCUUUCACAAUACUUGCUCUCGCCUGAUGCGAACAUCGCUGUGAUUCCUCCGUCAAUCAAUAUCAAUACUGCAGCGAGAUUUGGGUACAUUGGUACCUCCUAUGCAGGUCUCAAGAAAUGUGGAAUGGGUCCAGGAAAAACUCUCCUCAUCAAUGGUGUAACAGGUACCCUAGGAUAUGCGGCAGUAGCCAUAGCUCUAGGUCUUGGUUGCACAAAAAUUCUGGGAAUUGGAAGGAACAAAGAACGUCUCGCUGAGGUUGAGGGAAUGGCCACGAAGGGUCGAAUUGUUGUUCGUUCCAGUGAAGAUGAUGGAGACAUUCUUGAAUGGAUUAAAGAACAAACAAAUGGAUUUGGUACCGAUGGUCUUUACGAUUGUCUUGGUAAUGGGGGUGAUGCAAAUGGUACCAGCAAAUUUAUCAGCUCGGUGAAACGUGGCGGAAGAGUGGCAUUGGCUGCUGGUGGUGUUGGAGGCAAUAUAACUCACUCUUAUAUUGAAGCUAUGCUACACGAUGUUAGUGUCAAUGGCACAUUGUGGUUCACUAGUGAGGAGAUAGAUGAGGCUAUUGAGUUGAUUGGUGCCGGCGUCAUUGACUUCUCAUUCCUCCAACACAAAUUUUUCUCCUUGGACGAGGUUAAUGCGGCUUUCAAAACUGUAGGGGAUCGUCCUGGUGGAGCUAUCAACGUCAUUGUACAACCACAUGCAUAG